UUAAAUUGAUCUCAGUUUCGCCGAUAAAUUAGGGUUGUUUCCAUUUUCUAAAAUCCCCGGCAUUUCCUCCCGAUUGCAUUCUUCUCCUUCAAAUCGUUUCUGUUUUGAUGCUAGUGCCUUUUGAAGGGAGAUGGUAAGGGGAUUUAUCAUGCUGGCACGAGGAAAAGCCGGUUCUUAAUAUGCUUUACCUAUAAAAUUGGUGUGUUCUAUGAUCUUUUUAUUUAUUGAAGAUUGGAUUUUAAUGUCAAAAUAGUUGCGGAGAACUUAGAAUAUGUUGAGGAUGUUGUAAUUAGCAGAGUUAUUUGGUGGCAAGCUUUGCAAAAGUUGAAAGCUUGUUGAGUUAGUAUUUGUGAGGUGUACAGAAAAUAGCUAAGACGGGGUCGCUCUGUUGUGUGGCUGCAAGGCCACAUGGGUCAAAUACAGCCAGUAGAGACUGGUCCAUGGGUCAUCAUGAGCCUUAUUGGCGAACUAAUACAAGUUUCUCGCCACCUCCUUCAAGAUGGGAUUUCCGUUUUCAACCCGAGGGACUGUCGUAUUGUUCACAUGAUGGGAUUCAGUUGUAUGGGUCUUCUACAUCUUCAAACAGCAAAGAAAGUAGGGCCUGGGUGAGAGGAAACCUUCUUUACAAUCAUCAAUAUUCUACAUCUGAUGGUGCUGGUCCCUUUUUAAGUAGUCCAUCUGAACUUUCUCAGGGUCCACAGCAGACACCUCCAGCAAUACAAGAAAUCACUCUUGAUGAUUAUGAAACUGCAAUGAGAAGAGAUUGUGUUGUCGGGCAAUUACCCUUUGCUUCUAUUGUUGAGAGGACUUCAACAAAUGCAGAUAGUGGGGUCUUCAACUCAUCCCAUUCUGACAGUAGCGAGUCUGAGCCCAUGGUCAAGCCACUAUGUUUUUCAUCUCAUCGCAACCUUUCAAAUCGGCGUUACUUUAUGUCCAAACCUAUUCAUCCCUUGUCCUUUCCCAUGGGAACUACUACUACAGAAGCCUCGGACUCUACAGUUGCUGGGUUUUCAGAUGAUGCUGCCACACCACAGCGAGAUGCCCAUCGCUGGAGCAGUGCUAGCAGCAGCAAUGAUUUUGUGGAUGUUUCUGAGCCAUUUGAAUCUGAGAUUUUUGGCCGAUCAUGUGUCCUGUCUGAUGGUUUUAAAUGUGGAUUGUGCGAGAGAUUUCUUUCACAGAGGUCACCUUGGAGUUCUCGUAGGAUUGUAAGAAGUAGUGAUAUGCCUGUUGCUGGGGUUCUUUCAUGUCGACAUGUUUUCCAUGCUGAAUGUUUGGAGCAGACAACACCAAAGACUAGUAAAAGUGACCCUCCUUGUCCUAUGUGUGUCAAACUGGAAGAGGAAAAUUCUCCAGAGAACCGAGUCUUCUCUAGGUUUAGGAAUGGUUUUCCAUGGCUUAGACCAUUUUCUGAGGAUGGGCCAUCAAGGCCUUGGGGCUGUGCACAAGUGGGAGAUUGUGUUGAUGGUGCUUUGCAUGCACCCCCACGUAAUACUAUGUUAUUGCUUAACCGGAGUCUCAUGAAGAAAAAUCUCUUCACGAAGGGUAAGUCGAGUAAAGAAUUUCCAGGUAAGCUGAGGAAAAGUGGUUCGAAGUCUAUUGAACAGGGUGCAGUUGGGUGCUCAAAGACAAUUGCGGGUCCUAGUGUGAAGAGGUGAGAUUAGAUUUGUGUUGGGUAGAUGCUGAAUGACAUUGAUUUAGUAAAUUUCCACGGUAAAUGAGGUUGGAAACUAGAUGCUGUAUAGAUGUGAAUUUGUGGAAACUAUGGUUGAAAGUUGUCAAUUUCGUCUGUAUUAUGCAAUUUGUUUAUGAUGGUGGAAGUGUAAAAUCUUGAAACCAAAUUUCUUCCUUCUAUGUUACGUGGAUCGAAUUGAAUUUUGUUGGACUGCAUUUUUAGUAUGUGUGGGUCUUGAGAUAUCUGGACAGUGUAAUCUUCCUACGAAUGCAAGGCUCAUCGUCUGCCCACUUUUAGGGGCUUGUUUUUUGUAAAAUGGCCAUGCAUGAACCCUGCUUGGUGGGCCUGAAAAAUGUGUUUUCAUUGGCUUUUAAGCUCCUAAUUUACUUCUUUGGAUUACUACGUGGGCUGAAUCUGGAUUAUUAAAUGGUGUCUUGAUCCCUCACAAACAAGGUUUACUACCGGUCUUCGCCCAAGAUUGCCUGGACUGCGGUUUGAAAUGCUUGUCCUAUGAGAAAAAAGCAAGAAAUCGUGAUCCUAAUUAAGAGAAGUUGAGGACAAAAAACGAGGAAAUAUCUUCCAAGUACUGAUGAUAGACGUCCUUGGAACGACUGGACAUGUUGAUGAUGUACUUUUGCGCAGGAGGGUAGUCGUAGAUGAUGUAGGGUUGGUGGCGGAUAGUGGGGGAUGAGUCCCCAUCCAAGAUUAAAAGGACUUUGGUGAAAAGAUUCUUAUCUCAAUUCACCACCACUGCCACAGAAUAACAGAAAAGAGUGAGUGAUAGUAAGUCUUAACACAUCACCUCGUCACCCAUAUGCCCUCCAACUUGGCUACUCAAAGAAAAAGGUUUCUUUCUACCACCUCUAAGGCUCUUUCUCCAUUCUUCACAUUCCCAUCAUAUUCCUCAAUGGUUUCAUCCCAUAUUCACAUCAUAAUUUGAUCAUUUUUUUACCUUAUAUUCAGAGACUAUCAUUAAGAUUUUUCCAUUUGCAAGUUAUUAAAAGAAGCAAUAUUCAAAACCCAACUCCUCUUUUAAUUGAAAGAAACGUAAAAUUAUCAAAUGUUCGGUUAAAUAAAUAUUUUUUUUAAAAGUGAUGAGUCGUGUUCAAAAUUUUAUGUGCUUAUAGUACCGCCAAAGCUCAAUACCAAGAUAGCUCCUCUGCGUUUCGUGUGUAGAAAGUACAAGCAAAUAA